UAAAAGGUUAGGCUAGUGUCAUGAGCAGACGCCGCUACCAGCCGCCAUCAUGAAACCUGUUUCUAUGACGGCGUAGGUGGCGCUGCGCGCUGUAGGCGAGUCGCAGUAGCCGCAGUCGCAGGCCUAAACGAGUGGAAGCGUGCAUGCCGCUUAGUUAGGUGGUGAGUCUCCUGUGUUUCUGCUUCGCUCACUUCGCUCCUGCUUCCCUGAGAUACUUAUUUUCAACGGUUCAACAGUGUCGUGAAUGUGAUUUUUGCAUCUUCCGGAAAAUGCCUGCGAAGAAAGGCAGGACGUGUUUCGUGCCGCUGUGUAAAGGUGGAUACAAGUCGUCUGCUGAAAAGGUAUCGCUGUUCCAUGCUCCGACGGAUGCUCGUCGUCAAGAAGAAUGGGCAAGGAACAUAAAACGAGAGGACAAAGAGCUGGACGAGACAAGUGUUGUGUGUUCCCGUCAUUUUGAUGAUCCUUACAUUCAAAGAACUUUCAAGCACGUCAUUAAUGGGCAGCUUGUUGAGAUCGACCGUGACCGACCAGCGCUUACUGAGGACGCCGUCCCCACGCUAUUCCCCGACGCUCCCUCCGACAUUUCCAAGUGUGUCCCGAAAAAGAGAAAAGAGAGGAAUCUCGCACACAGCUACGCCCCAGCACCGAAACGCAGAGCUGGAAACAAAAACGUGGAAGACGGCGACCCUCAGGUACCCGAGAAUGAAAGCGACCCGGAGGCAAGAUCGCAUCCGUUCAGUGACAUUGCACUCCCUUCUGCGCUCUGCAACAGAGUUGUGCUGACAAAUGACCCUGCAACGUUAUGCUUUGGGUGGCACAGCAGCACUGGGUUAGACAACGUGCAUGUCACUAAGCAUCUUAAGUUCACGCCUUGCACAAAGGAUGCUCGGGCUGAGCGGACGAGUGCGUACCGUUGCUCUGUGCUUUGCCGCAGCGUAAAGGUGGAAGAAGUGUGGGUUACGACAGUUGACGACGCUGUGGCGGCAUUGACAAAGGCUGAUAGCAUGAUACCUUGCCCAGGCUUUGAAAUCCAACCAGUCUACCCAAAGCAGUGCGUUCAGUAUGGUGGCAAGAACUUCGCAAAAAACUGCCUGGGCACCUCAACUGAUGGUAAACCAUGUUUGCAGUGCAGGUACACCAAGAAGCUGGCACUAAAUAGGUCAUAUCGGCUUAAGAAAAAACCUGGAAUAUCGUGGAAACAGCGAAGUGCUAGGAAAUCUCUUCAAUUGCUGCGGGCCAGAAGAAAGCUGGCAAACGCUGAGAAAAGUGUUGCAGAGCUUCGAGUGACCAAUGAAUCCAUUGCAAGCUCUGUCUUAGAGACAAAGAUCAGCGGGCUUCCACCAAAACAGCGCCUUGCUGUGAAAACUUGCUUUGAAGUAGCCCGUAGGAAGUCAAGCCGUGGCAUGCUGUAUGACAAGCUGUGGAUCUUGGAAUGCAUACUUAUGCGAAUGCAAAGCCCAAAGCUAUAUGAGCAUGUCAGGCGGCACGAGAUAAUGGCACUGCCUAGCAAGUCUUGCCUGGAUAAGCAUAUGCAGAGGUUCAAAGGUGCAUUUGGCUUCAAUACUACUGUGCUUGCAGCUCUGCGGGAGAAGACUCUGAACAUGGACAAGUUUAGUCUUCACGGUGGACUUGUGUUUGACGAAAUCAAGCUUUCAGGAAAUAUCAGUGUGAAACCAUCCGGCGAGCUCACUGGCUUUGUGGACCUUGGUCCAUUUACAGAGGAUAGUACGAGCACAGCAACAAGUGACCAUGGCUUCGUCGUCAUGUUCAAGCCAUUUCAAGGUGGGUGAUUCAAACCUAAAGGUUGCACUGUUCAAGCACUGCAUAUUUUUUUCACGUAACUAUUUUCUGUGUUGCUCACCAUACAAUGCUUCAUCUUCGCAAGAAAGUGGACACAAAUACUUGGUGUAUUUGCUGCCCGCGGAAAUGUUAAGGUACCUGCGCUAUCAAAAAUUUUGCUGGAAGCCACUAUCUUAGCUGAAAAGGCAGGACUCUUUGUCGACUUUUGGAGCAGUGAUGGUGCUUCGUGGAAUCGCUCCCUCUGGAAGCUAUUUGGCAUCAAAGCCUCAUCCCAGGAAAUCAAGUGCAAGGUUCCCCAUCCUGUGGACAAAUCAAGAAGCCUUCAUUUUGUUUCGGAUUUUCGCACAUCAUAAAAUGCAUACGUAAUGCAUUUGUUUCUAAGGGAGUUCAGAUACCAAGUGGUAAUGCACACGUUGGUAUUAUCAAAGAAGCGUGGAAAUAUGACAAGGACUCACUUACAUUGAAAGUUAUGCCACAUUUAACUUUAGCUCAUUUGCAGCCAAAUCCAUUUGACAAAAUGCGUGUGCAUUUAGCCUUUCAGCUAUUCAGUGAAG